GUCACUUUCCGUCAUUUCUUGAUAAUUUUUUCGAAACAAUUCCGAGAAAUUUAUCUUUUUUCCAGAAAGAUUAGCAAAUUAAUGAUAUUUUCACUUAAAAUUGUUUAAUGAAAAUUUGAGAAUGGCUUCAUCAAAUACUUUACAAAAAGCGAUAGAUCUCGUCACAAAAGCUACUGAAGAGGAUAAGAAUAAAAAUUAUGAAGAAGCAUUGCGAUUGUAUGAACAUGGAGUGGAAUAUUUUCUGCAUGCUGUGAAAUAUGAAGCACAAGGAGAGAGAGCUAAAGAAAGUAUCCGAGCAAAGUGUUUGCAAUAUUUAGACCGAGCUGAAAAGCUUAAAGAGUACCUUAAAAAGGAUCGUAAAAAGAAACCUGUCAAGGAUGGUGAAUCUAAUUCUAAGAGUGAAGACAAAAAGAGUGAUAGUGACAGUGAUUCCGAUGACCCUGAGAAAAAGAAACUACAGAGUAAAUUAGAAGGUGCAAUUGUUGUAGAGAAACCUCAUGUCAAAUGGAGUGACGUUGCUGGUCUUGAAGCUGCCAAAGAGGCAUUGAAAGAAGCUGUUAUUCUACCAAUUAAGUUUCCUCAUUUGUUUACUGGUAAAAGAAUACCAUGGAAGGGAAUUCUUCUUUUUGGGCCACCUGGUACUGGUAAGUCAUAUUUAGCAAAAGCAGUGGCUACUGAAGCUAAUAAUUCCACCUUCUUCUCUGUAUCUUCAUCUGAUCUUGUCUCAAAGUGGCUUGGUGAAUCAGAGAAACUUGUCAAAAACUUAUUUGAGUUAGCUCGACAGCACAAACCGAGUAUUAUAUUCAUUGAUGAAGUUGACUCCCUCUGUUCAUCUCGUUCAGACAAUGAGUCGGAAUCUGCCAGAAGAAUCAAGACAGAGUUUCUGGUUCAAAUGCAGGGCGUUGGGAAUGAUAUGGAUGGUAUUUUAGUGCUGGGGGCUACUAAUAUACCUUGGGUUCUUGAUGCUGCUAUCAGAAGGCGUUUUGAAAAGCGCAUAUACAUAUCUUUACCUGAAGAGCAUGCUCGUCUUGAUAUGUUCAAGCUACAUAUGGGGAACACACGCCAUGUGUUGACUGAACAAGAUUUAAAGGUGUUGGCUGCCAAGACAGAUCGUUAUUCUGGAGCUGAUAUCAGCAUUGUUGUACGUGAUGCUCUUAUGCAACCUGUCCGUAAAGUACAAUCGGCCACCCACUUUAAGAAGAUUUCUGGCCCAAGUCCUACAAAUCCUGAUGUGAUUGUAAAUGAUCUUUUGACACCUUGUUCUCCUGGGGACCCAGGGGCUAUUGAAAUGUCAUGGAUGGAUGUACCAAGUGAUAAAUUGGGUGAGCCUCCAGUAACCAUGUCUGACAUGAUGAGGUCAUUGGCAACAUCCAAGCCUACUGUAAAUGACGAAGAUUUGACCAAACUUACAAAGUUUAUGGAUGACUUUGGUCAAGAAGGGUAAAUUUAAUGAAUUUGAAUUGAGGGUUAAAGUUAUUCUACAUCUGCUAAUGCUUAAUUUCAUUGACUUAUUGUAUUAUGUUUUAUAAGCACAGUAACUGUAAUAAGUUACAAGUUUCAUUUAAACAUUUUGUAUAACUUAUUACCAAGCGUCACCUUAGGCUUGUCAGAGAUCAAAUCAGACUUAAUUUUGAUAUCUGCUAUAACUAUUACAAUGCAAAAAAAGGGAUUGAAUAUCAAGAAAUUCAUUCUUAUCUGGAACUUUGUUAACAAAAAUCAAUUGUAGGAACAAAAAUGGUUCAUUGCUGCUGUUUUCCAUUGUGAAUAUGACACCAAUUUGCCUUUAAAAUGUUAGUACCA